UCAUAAAUUUAACAGUACGGGAUCGAUAAUUGCUACUGCUAAUUUCCGAAAAAGUACCGCGCGCCAACGUGUUAACAGAUCGUAUCCUAUCAUUGGCUAAAAUUGUGAUGAAUUUAUUGGGGUAAUCAGUUCCAACCAAUCACAGGAUAGGACUUCUCUAUGAUGACAAGUAGCACUUGACUUGACAAGUAGCAAUUGAACGAUUAGUAAUUAGGCAUCUGACAAAAAUGCCGAAGUUGGUUCUCUGGCAGCUGACUGGCAGCCCUCCAUCAUGGGCUGUGAUUGUCAUGGCUGAACUCCUCGGAUUAGAACUGGAAUUGAAGACUAUCGAGUUUCAUAAUUUGGAGCACAAAACCCCGGAAUUUAGAAAGCUGAAUCCUAUGGGAACUGUACCGGUAAUUAAAGACGGUGACUUUGUGAUUUCUGAAAGCCAUACCAUAAUGAAGUAUCUCUUGGAAAAGUAUGGAAAUGCGAAACAAAAGGCACUCUAUCCUUCCGAUUUGGAGCAGAGAGCGCUUGUGGAUCAAGCCAUGUACUUCGACACAGGAGUUGCUUUCAUCAGAGUGAAGAAUAUCGCUUUGCCAUCAGUGUUUGAAGGUCUGGACGGUUUGACUCCGAGGCUGAUCAAAGACACUGAGGACGUGUACGACAUUGUAGAGAUGUACCUGAACGGACGAGACUUCGUGGCUGCCUCGACAUUCACCCUGGCUGACAUCAGUCUGGGAUGCACUGUUCACGCUUUGGAUAACUUCUACGCACUGGACGCUAAGAAAUUCCCUCGCACAUUUGCCUGGAUGGAGCGUCUCCGUGCUAUGCCAAACUUCUCCAAGGUUGUCCUACCUGGCGCUCAGACAUUGGGCGUUUUCGUUAAGUCUUGCUGGGAGAAGAACAAGAAGUAGAACAACACAGUUACACAUGCAGUUUUAGUACAGUCAUGAGCAAUAUAAUGUACCCACUUUAGGACUCUGUCGCACUAACAUAUUUGACAUUUAGUGAGACUUACAGUUCAAUUUGUCACAAAAGUUAAUGUGACAUGGUACCAAAGUGAUUUAUUCUUCGUUUGUCCCACUGAGUUUUGUCCCACAUAAAAAAUUCCUAUGUCGUCCCGAACAAUAUUCUUCCUUCGUCCCAAAAUAUAAUUUUAAAUAUUUUAUUCCUACUUCGUCCCAUUUUGUAUUCCUUAUACGGCCCAUGUUUUUUUUAUAUGCCAAACUUACUAUAUUGUACAAUCAGCAAAAAAGGAUUACCUAUUAUUUUAAAUAUUAACUUAAUAAAUAUUUUUUUAUAUUUUUAAUUGUAAAUAUUGCCUAAUUAUUGUUUCUCAUAGAUCUGACUGUUCUGUAUUUAUUUAAAAUUAUUAUAACAUAACAUUUCUGUGAUUUUGAAUGUGAUACUGAAUAAUAAAAGUGAUUUAUAUUUUAAUGAUAAGACUUGUUUUAUUGGUAUUUAACUUUAAAAAAAUAAGUAAGUAAGUAUUCUUUUUUGUUGACUAUACCUUUAAAGUACCUACUUAUAAUUUGGGACGAAGCAAGACUUCGAAAUUGAUAUGGGACGAACUAAGAAUUUUUUGGAAUGUGGGACAAAACUUCAGGACGGACGAGGA